GUAAUUUAAUAUGCUUUUUCUUACAUUCUUGAUUAGUUUUGCUAUGUCUUCACAAGAGUUACUAAAGAAAUGUUAUUUAGAACAAUUCACAAUAGGUGAUCCAGAAGGUAAAAUAUGUUAUAGAUUGUCUUAGUGAAAAUAUAGAUCUACUUUGAGGAUCAUAUAGUAAAGAAUCACUAAAUUGAUUAUGAAUGUUUAGAAUUCAUAAUUUCAAGAGGAUAUUAUAAAGUUGCAUUAAGUCUUUAUGAGAAUUACUUUAUGUUAAAUCAUAUAGACAUUACUGAUAGAAUUGUGUAUUGUUAUUGUUCUUUAAUUUAUUUAGUUAAUUCUUAAAGAAUGAUAAGUAUCUGAAUUAGAGAGAAAUGUAAACUCUUUUUAAAUUAGCAAUGGCUAAAAGCAAUUAAGUUUAAGUGGUUUAACCAGUUGUUCAAUGGGCUUAAUCUAAAAAUGCUACAUUUAUUAAUAUUAAGUUUUCUCAUAGAUAAGAUGCUCCAGCUUGUUUGAAUGCUAAAUUGGAAGUAGUUGAAAUAAAGAAUGAUUCUUUAUUAAUUGAAGCAUUUGGAAUAGUUUCACAUAUUCCAUUCAAAUAUCGAUAUGCUAUUAAAUUAUACAAACUAAUUGAUCCAAAUACUAGUUAUGAAAAAGUAGAAUCUGUAGGAACUAUGUAUGUAAAUCUAACUAAAGUAGAACCAGGUAUGUAUAAUAUAUCAAUAUUAUUUUUUAGUAUUAUGGUUAAGAUUAACUGAAGAAGAUUAUAAAACUCCUAUUUGGUGGGAUUUAAAAGAUAAUUUCAGAAAAGAUAUGGAAGAAUUUGCUUAAAUGCUUGAAAAGGAAAGUGAAAGAAAAGAAAGAAAUGCUGAUAAAUAAGCAAAAAAGAAUUAAAAAAAAAGAGAUUAAGAAAAAUAAAAAUAAACUUCUCAAAAAAGUUAAGAAGCUAAAAGGUAAUUAGAAUAUGAACAUAAUUAAUGUUAUAAAUCAGGUAAAUGUGAAAUUGGAUGGUAUUAAAGAUAAUGA